UGGCAGGGUCUGUUGUCAAAUUAUCCAACUUAUGCCCAGUUUAAAUGUUCAUAUGCCCUUUUCUUUAGAAGAUGGCUAGUAAAGACAAGUACUUCUCGUGAUUUGAAGCACAAAUUCGUGUAGUGAAGCGACCUCUGGCGAUUUCUGCCAGGUUGCAUCGUACGUGACCUGUAUGCGGUUUAGUACCGAGCGCUAUUAUGGCGGAUUCUCUUCAAAAACCGUCCGACGGAGCUAGUCUUUCCUCCAUGGACGAAACAACACACAGGACAGAACGGUUAAAAAGAAGCCGUACGUCCGAGAAGAUGGCGGGCCCAGCAGACAGAGGUCACAACCUGGCCCAUACCAUUGCUAACCCUCAGGGGCUCUUCUCUCCCAAGAUGUCCCCCAUCAGGGCAAUGGGAAAGUCCUGGGGAGGCAGUGGUGACCGACCAGACCGGCUGGUCAACAGGAGCGACCUGUUCGGUACUCCGUCGUACCGCUCCCCACUAGACCUGGUUCGCACACGUCCGACCGCUGUGGCCAGUCAACAUGCGAACACUGCUGCACAACAGGAACCUGAGCCCAGUGAUACCACAGUGGGAGCAGAUGUGUCCACAUCCCUACCUAAACAGGACUCCCUUGCAAAGGUUAAAGCUGAUGGUUUGCUGAGCUUCAGUUUCGGCAGCGCGCCGUGCCACGGGUCCUUCAGCGCCAUGCCGACCUUUGACCCGGGGCUGAGCCUGUCCAUGGGAACAUCCUGGUCCUUCAACACCGCCAUGGGAGAGUCCGUAUCAGGAAGAGUUCCCAACACCAUCCAUAACCCAAACAAAGCCAUAGUAACAGUGGAUGCUGUUACAACACAGAUCCUAGUAGCAAACGACAUGGCGUGUGAGCUGUUUGGGUACGGGCAGGACCAGCUGGUUGCCAUGCAGCUGUCCCACCUGCUGUCCGGUCAUCGCAGCUCCCACCUGGCCCUCACGGAGACUCACCUGGACCCAGCCUCGGGGGAGCUGGUCAGCAUCGCGGGCAAAGUGGUGGAUGCAGUGGACUCCACCGGGCUGAGGAUCCCCAUCUCCCUGUGGAUGAAGAGGAUUCAGUUUCAGGACCAGUCCCGCUGUGUGGUCGUCAUGGAGCCGGUGGAGCGCAGGGUCGCACAUCUGCAGUUCGACAGUCAGGUUAGUGGGUACAACUACAGGACCUGGGGUUGAAAUU